AUGAGUGAAGUUGGAGAGAAUGUAUCUCUCUACUUGAACCACUCCAGUGAUUCUGGAGAGAAUGUAUCUCUCUACUUGAACCACACCAGUGAUUCUGGAGAGAAUGUAUCUCUCUACUUGAACCACUCCAGUGGUUCUGGAGAGAAUGUAUCUCUCUACUUGAACCACUCCAGUGGUUCUGGAGAGAAUGUAUCUCUCUACUUGAACCACACCAGUGAUUCUGGAGAGAAUGUAUCUCUCUACUUGAACCACACCAGUGAUUCUGGAGAGAAUGUAUCUCUCUACUUGAACCACACCAGUGAUUCUGAUUGGAAUGUAUCUCUCUACUUGAACCACACCAGUGAUUCUGGAGAGAAUGUAUCUCUCUACUUGAACCACACCAGUGAUUCUGGAGAGAAUGUAUCUCUCUACUUGAACCACACCAGUGAUUCUGGAGAGAAUGUAUAUCUCUACUUGAACCACACCUGUGAUUCUGGAGAGAAUGUAUCUCUCUACUUGAACCACACCAGUGAUUCUGGAGAGAAUGUAUCUCUCUACUUGAACCACACCAGUGAUUCUGGAGAGAAUGUAUAUCUCUACUUGAACCACACCAGUGAUUCUGGAGAGAAUGUAUCUCUCUACUUGAACCACAAAAGUGAUUCUGGAGAGAAUGUAUCUCUCUACUUGAACCACACCAGUGAUUCUGGAGAGAAUGUAUAUCUCUACUUGAACCACACCAGUGAUUCUGGAGAGAAUGUAUCUCUCUACUUGAACCACACCAGUGAUUCUGGAGAGAAUGUAUAUCUCUACUUGAACCACACCAGUGAUUCUGGAGAGAAUGUAUAUCUCUACUUGAACCACACCAGUGAUUCUGGAGAGAAUGUAUCUCUCUACUUGAACCACACCAGUGAUUCUGGAGAGAAUGUAUAUCUCUACUUGAACCACACCAGUGAUUUUGGAGAGAAUGUAUAUCUCUACUUGAACCACACCAGUGAUUCUGGAGAGAAUGUAUAUCUCUACUUGAACCACACCAGUGAUUCUGGAGAGAAUGUAUAUCUCUACUUGAACCACACCAGUGAUUUUGGAGAGAAUGUAUAUCUCUACUUGAACCACACCAGUGAUUUUGGAGAGAAUGUAUAUCUCUACUUGAACCACACCAGUGAUUCUGGAGAGAAUGUAUAUCUCUACUUGAACCACACCAGUGAUUCUGGAGAGAAUGUAUAUCUCUACUUGAACCACACCAGUGAUUUUGGAGAGAAUGUAUAUCUCUACUUGAACCACACCAGUGAUUUUGGAGAGAAUGUAUCUCUCUACUUGAACCACACCAGUGAUUUUGGAGAGAAUGUAUAUCUCUACUUGAACCACACCAGUUAUUCUGGAGAGAAUUUUAUACCCGAUCCCCUUCGGUGA